UAUAGGCGCUUGCAAUGCGACCUCUACUUUCUGAUCUCCUACUUUGACCUCCUGUCUCCCCUGGCUCUCGUUGAUGUACUGCAUGCCACUUCGCACAUUUCAGAAACAAUCCAAGACCAGGGGGAAGAAGUAACCCAGAUCGAUCGCUUUCAAUAAAAGAGUCCUCGGCGAAGUAUCCAUUGGACACCCAUCAUCGCACGCAAUGUGCAUCAGCUGAUUCACGAUGUCCGAAGAACCAGCACAAAUCGCAAGAGAGGCACGAAGCAUCCAGCAGGGUUUGAAGGAAUUGCUGAAGACUCGGGAUCCAUGGGACAGAGAGGUUGAGUUUCAAAGGAAAAAUUUGCGGCGACACUAUCUGCGCUUACUAUUUGUCUAUUCCUACGCCGCGGAGUCGAGAGAUAUCGACACGCAGCUGUGGAUCGCGACUUCCUACCAGUUCAUCUCGAAAUACAAGGAACGCCAUACUGCCCUGGAACGUGCUAUCUAUGACCCUGCCCGACAGCAGCAGCAGCAGCAGCAGGAAGGAGCUGCACAGCAGCAGGGACGACAACAGCAGCAGCGGAUCGUCGAACAGCGUAAGCUGCUGCAGCGUUUCCGCCAAUAUCUCUCCGAGGAAGAGAAGUUCUGGGUCCAGUUGAUCUUUCGCAUCCGCCGGGUGUUUGCUCUUGACGAUGCGCAAGGUGCGCUUGAUGAGCUAGCCAACAUCAACAUCGUACCCGAGGACACUGCCGUGCAGGGCGAGACGCCCAAGCGCAACCAGCAUCAAUUCCCACCGGAAGCCGACGCCAUCCAUCCCAUCACCUCUACCGCGACGCCGGAGCAACGUCAGAGCCGGAUUGCAAUCCUCAGCAAGGCCCUGAUUUGUCUCGGCGACAUCGAGCGCUAUAAGGAGCAGUACAAUGAAGCGGGCGGGCGCCCGCGUGCAGGACACGAGGAUGGGCCACCCGCCUCUGCUCCUGUCGGGCGGGGCGGGCGGGGCAAGAGGGGCGGGGCUGCCAACGUCGUGCCUGCACCGGUUGUACCUCGAAUGCGGAAUUACGAGAAGGCCGAGCGAUGCUACAAGCAGGCGCGGCUGCUCCUGCCUCACGACGGAAACGCAUGGCACCAACUUGCCGUUUUGAAGUCAUACCAGAAAGAAACGUUCGAUCUGUUGGUGUACUAUUACCGUGCAAUUUGUGUGCGCACGCCAUAUGACACCGCACUGGAUAACAUGCAUAUGACAUUGGGGAAGGCGCUGGAUGCGUGGAAGAAGACCGGAGGAAGGUACGAAAAGGAGAAAGAGAGCGAAGAGGCGAACGGGCAACCUAGUGUCCGGUUACGAGUGGAGGCAUUCAAGGAGAAAGUAGUUGUGGUGCACGCGUUGUGGCAAUUCCCUCAUGAGGAUCCGCUCGAUGGCAUUUCUCAAAAGGUGAUCGACGAAUUCAGGGUUCUCAUCUCCGAGCGCCAUCUCCCGCCCAAGAUGAUCUGGAGGGUCAUUGUGUUGGCCCAGGGUGCGCUCUGGAAACACCGAGACGUUCGCCACAAAGCAGCCAGAAGCCGUGGAAGCUCCAGAAGAAGCUUAUACGCAUCUGAUUUGUGCGUCGAGUCGCAGAUCGCAGGCCAUCUUCUCGCCCUAUAUCGCGUGCUUCUUGAGGUUGGCGUCGUGCAACUUGCGGAGCCGCCUCCGGAGGAUGCGGGCGAGCUCGCCCAGUCCAUCACCGCACCAUUCCGCAGAAUGCUGCCUGCCCUGCGUCUGUCAAGCAAAUGGGUCCGUGCUAAUUACAAAUACAUCCUGCAAAGUCCGAGACCGCACGGCGUCAACGGCAAUCGAACUGAUGCUCUGGAUAGCCGGAACAGACCAGGACGCCAUUCGUCCGCGCAACUAGUGUUACCUGGAGUACAGAGCUUCUGGAGCGAUUACACAGAGUUCUUCAAUGCUCUGUUGCGGAAGUUUCCUCUCGAAAAGCUUCCUGAUCUCAAGACUGUGUUGGAGGAGGACGUUGAGAUGAUCGGUUUCCUUCCUUUCAAGGAUUUAAUAUCAGACGAUGUAAUGACUAGCGUUCUAAGAAAAGGUGCCCUUGCCGGAGAGAACCCUCCCCUUCCGGAAGGCUUGCAUCCUAACGAGGAGUUCCUUAUGAGAAUCAAAGAAUUGCUCCGGGACGCAAAGGCACUUGCAGACCGUCAGGAUACUCCUGUCAGAUUUUCUGAGAACAAGUUCUCGCUCGUCUCUGAGACUAGGGCUGAGGUUGCGGCAGCUAUUCCGCAAGACCAUAGUACGGAUCGUCGACUGCGCGCCGAUCGGUCACCUGACGUGUUUUCAUCUGCACCAAUACCUGCUGACAUGCGUCGCGGGCUUGCCGACCUCUCCGAGUCCGAAGAGGACAAUAGAACGGACGUGACUCGUACAGACGACGAUCCCGUCAGUGAGGCUUUCCACAGAGCAUUGAAUGGGUCGCAGCACGAAGACGGGGAGGAAGAAGAAGACGAGAUCAUUCUGUUCAAUCCCAGACUGUCAACCCCGCCACAACCGCCAAUGCUGCCUCCUCAGCCUGACAUACCCAUUCUUUCUAACCCGACUAGUCCUCCUGCUGUGCUCCUUGUUCACGAACUUCCAGCCCCUCAACCGCCUCUGCAUGGUUAUCAGAACUUCAACCGUACUCCAACAACCAGCGCGAGGCCUCUGGGAACUACUGCAGCAGACAUACUCAACCUGCUACAGCGGCCCUCCGGACACACUCGUGCACCUUCGACUCCUCUUCCCCUACCGGGCCUCUUCGGGCUUGGAACCUCAAACUCAAUCUGGUCAACCGAGCACGACAAUCUUCAAGCACCUGGGCGGCUCGCCGGCCCGUCGCUGUUACCCACACGGCCGCCCCCGCUGCAAGCACCACUGCAGUUUGAGCGAUCGCAGAACAGCCUGCUGCCGACUUCGCCUUUGAUCCCGUCACAUGUCUUCAGUGGUGCUCAUCAACGGACUGCUUCCUUUUCACCGAAUCGUUCGAACGAGGUGCCUAGCCGAAGUCAAGACCAGUUUUAUGGCCACUCGGGCAGUCACUUGUUGCCCACCGAUUUGACCUCUGUUCCACACAGCGCCAGCGUGUCAUCAGCCAGCAUGUCAGUGGCAUACGCAGAUCGUAUGCUGCCAACUUCGGAUUCCAUGCUACGUCAGCAACAGACACUCGAAUAUCAGCACUUGGCCGGUCAUUUACCACGCGAUGCAAGGAUUGGGCAAACUCGCUACGGCGCAUAGUUCCACGUUUCCAUUAUGGCCUAAUCCCACUUGAUUUCUGCCUGCAUUGGC